UUAGAGCGGUUACGCAUUUUCCCUAUCCCGCGCAUCUUUCACAUUAUAUACACACCUCUAUACGUACACAUACACACUUAUAAAAUCUUCCCCAAUCUCUAUCAGUUUUUUAAAACCCUAGGUUUUGUAAUUGAGAUGAGCGAAGGUGACGCUGCACCGGCGAGGGCUCCGCCGGCGUAUUUGACUGCCGGAGGUCGGCAGAGAUUCGAAGUGGAGUUGAGGCCGGGCGAGACGACGAUCGUGUCGUGGAAGAAGCUUGUGAAAGAUGCUAAUAGAGCUGCGAAGGAUGCGGCUAAGUCGGCCAAGGUGAAAUCUCCGGCGCCGGAGAUGCCGGCGGUUGCGAAGCCUGAUUCGGAGACUCGCGUUGCUCCGGGGGAGCCUCCUGAAGAUGAUGCCCAAGAUGCACCUCCUGCGAGUCGUUUUAGUGCUGUAAUUGAGAAGAUCGAACGGUUAUACAUGGGGAAAAAUAGUAGCGACGAGGAAGAUCUUAAUGAUGUUCCUGAUGAUGAUGAAUAUGACACUGAAGAUUCAUUCAUUGACGACGCUGAACUGGAUGAGUACUUUCAAGUCGACAACUCUGCAAUAAAGCAUGAUGGUUUUUUUGUCAACCGUGGGAAAUUGGAGCGCAUAAAUGAGCCCACCACAUCAGUUUCACACCAACACCAACAACAAAAGAAGCGAAAAAGGAAAGAUUUGGCAGAAAGGCCUGGGGAAAGCAACAAUGGAGAGGCUCAGAAUAAAAAUUUAAAAGUAAGCAAGAAAACUGCAGCAGGGUCUUUGACCUUACCAGAGAAAGACUUUACAGAUUCUACUCUUGUUAUGGCUCUACCAUCUGUAAAUUGUGAAGGUGCGAUGGUCCAGAACCAGUCAAAUUCUUCUGAAAUUAUUGCAAAAAAGAAAUCGGCCAGUGUGAAAAAGGCGUCACACCAGUCCCCGAUGAGAGUUUCAAAUGGUGAGGUCGUAGCAGAGGAGAAAGGUGACAAAUUGAAGGCAGGAGUGCUCCCUACUGAGCGCCACAGUAGCAAAUCUAAAGAUCGCAAUGAGUAUUCUGGUACUUCAAAUCAGAUGCUAAAUAAAAAAUCAGUGGGCAGCGGUGAAGACAUGGGACAAUCAGCUCAGCAGGGUGAAAAGAUUAGAAUUGGUGAACAGUCUAAACAAACUAUGAAGGUUCCGCAUGUUCAGAGGAAGGAUGGUUCUAGUAGCAAGUCCAAAACUACAAUGCUUGAAAAAGCCAUCAGGGACUUAGAGAAGAUGGUUGCAGAAUCAAGGCCUCCAAGUACAGAGAUUUCAGAUGCUGAUGUCUUGAAUCAGACCAGCAAAAGAAGGAUGCCACCGGAAAUGAAGCCUAAGCUUGCUAAAAUUGCUAGACUAGCGCAUUCAACCCAUGGAAUAUCCAAGGAACUGCUUAACCGUUUGAUGAGUAUUGUUGGCCACAUGAUACAACUCAGGACAUUAAAGAGAAAUUUGAAAAUCCUUGGUGAUAUGAGUUUGUCCGCAAAGCAGGAGAUAAAUGCUAGGUUCGAGCAGAUGAAGAAAGAGAUUAUUGAUAUGGUUAAAGUUCGUGUCCCUUUGAUGAAAUCCAAGGCAAUUGAGCAACCAGGUGGAACAUCAGAUGAUUUUCAAAAACUUGGUACUACAGAUAAAGAAGUCCUUAAACAAAAGUUUAGCAUGGAUGAUGCACUAGAGGACAAGAUAUGCGACCUCUAUGAUUUAUACGUUCAAGGGAUGGAAGAAGAUUCAGGACCACAGGCGCACAAACUCUAUGCAGAGCUUGCAGAACUGUGGCCGAAGGGCUGUAUGGACAACCAUGGGAUUAAACGUGCUAUAUGUAGGGCUAAAGAUAGAAAGAAAGCAGUGCAAGGCUUGUACAAGGAUCCAGAGAAAAAGAAAAGAAAGAAGCCCAUAUCAAACAAAGAGGAGAUUCAAGUGGAUACUAACUCUGUUAAAUUGUCACAAAACGUGCAAGACAAAUUGUUAACUGAACCCGCUGUUUCGGUUGACAAAUCAGUUUCCGGUGUAACCGCUCCAGAUACAUCCACAAAGGCUUCUACUGUGGUUGUAAAUGGAGCCAACAUGGACCGACCAAAGCAAGAGAAGCUAAAGGGAAAUUCUAAUAAUUUUAAUGAUGUGAAGAUAACUGAAUUAUUGGCGAAAAAGAAAUCAAAACGCAAGUCAGAAUCGGAGUUGGGUGAAGCUCUUGCUCGUUCUGACAAGUUAAAUUCUGAACAUGCUGAGGAUAGAAACAAAUCUAUCAAGCAUUCUGCUGUGUCUUCCCCCAAAACAAAUCUUCAGUCAGUUGCUCCUCCAACUAGUUCUGAAAAUAUGCAAUAAAGCAUCAUCUUCCCAAUGAGUUCUUGUACUGAUGGAGAAUGUGUAAUAGAUAUUCGUUAUAUCAUGUUUGUUCUUGGAUAGCCAGUGAGUUCUUUUACUGGCGGAAAAUGAGUGAUAGAUAUUCGUUAUAUCAUGUUUGUUCUUGGAUAGCAGUGCAAGGUAAUAAAUUGCUUCUGCUCAUAUUUUCUGGAUUUUGUAACUAUGUUGAUUAAAUAUUUAAAUGUUAAAUGCAUUUUUGAUCGAA